AUGGGCAAGAUCAUUGCAUCUUCCGAGGUGGAUGAGCGGAACACUUACAUCCGCAACCUCGAGCUCGCACUGAGUGAGACGCAGUCUAGACUUGCCAAGUACGAGAAGAUCCCGGCAGCACCAGCGCGCCGAACGAACAAGGCGGGCUAUAUUCCAUCUUUCAUGAAGUCUACCGCUGCUUCAUCUCAGCGUGUUUCUGUACAGGAUACGACAUCAGGUUCAAUCUCGCGAAGCAAGACUUCAAGGCCGGCAAGCACAUCAUCUUCGGCAUCUCUCCCACCUCUAUAUGCAACAUCAACAGCAUCGAAGACCGACAACCGCACCGCCCCUAGGUCAAAACGUGUCUCGGGGAUGGAGCACUUCCUUCGUUUCACAAUAGCCGAAUUCAAAAAGACUUGUGACGCGGUUCCCUCAUCUCGACGACCGAUUCCAGAUGAGGAAACACGCCUAUGUCGAGAAACCAUGGCAGCAGCCGGUCGAUGA